AUGAAGGGUGGAGAUUCUGAAAAGGCAUACUCCGAAAGAAAGAGCGUUGAGGAUGAAGAAAAUUCACCAAUCCCUGUUGUCGCGGCGGCUGUAAGCACGAAGGACGAUCCAAAAUUACCGUGCAUAACAUUUCGAUUUUGGAUUUUAAGCACGUUCUUCACAUCACUUGGAGCGACGUUGUCCGAAUUUUAUUAUUUUCGUCCCAACGGAGGUGGUUUCUCGAUGUUUUUCGUUUUGCUUGUGUCCUAUGUAUUAGGGAAAUGGAUGGCAAAGGUUCUUCCAACAAAAAAAUACAAGAUUAAGGGAUGGGAGUUUAGUCUUAAUCCAGGUCCAUUUAAUGUCAAAGAGCACGUUUGCAUAGCAAUUUCAACAGGAGCGGGAGGCGGAUCAGCGUACGCAACGGAUAUUAUCGCCAUCCAAGAACUUUUUUAUCACACCAGUGUUAAUUUCAUAAAGGGAUUUCUGUUAUUGAUGAGCACCCAAAUUAUUGGUUAUGGGCUUUCAGGGUUUCUUCGAAAAUAUCUCGUUCGUCCAGCAAACAUGAUUUGGCCAACAAAUUUGGUCUUUGCCUCUAUGUACAACACAUUGCACGGCGAUGCGUCCGAAACGCGUGAUAAGCUCCGAUUUUUCUUGAUAGCAUUUUCGAUGAUGUUUGUUUGGCAAUUCGUACCUCAAUAUAUGUUCACUUGGUUGACAAGUAUGGCAUUGUUAUGCCUCAUCGCACCGUACAACAGUAAAAUCAAGAAGUUGGGUAGUGGUUAUCACGGAUACCAGGACUCGACGUUUUUCAUCGACAUUGGGUCCGCAAAAUUGACGCGUAAUUUCUAUCCUCAAAAAUUAGGGAAGCGCAAAGAUUUCCAUUUUUGGCAACUUAUUCUCUGGAUAAAGAUGGAAAUAGGUGAGGAACAAAUCUUGCCCGUGAAUAUAAUGAAAAAUAUUCUUGCCCAUUCAUCGCUCACUCAUACAUACUUUUUCGAAAUUAGGUACAAUCAAACCCUCAUAAUAGAUAGAACAACUGGCUCCCUAAACGUGACAGCGUAUGAGGGCUAUAGCCCGGUCUACCUUUCGAUCACUUUCGCCAUGUCCUACCUGUACUCGUUCAUCGCGUUAACCGCGGCUAUUAGCCACGUGUUCUUGUUUUACGGUAAAGAUAUUUGGAAGAGAUUUAGGGCAAGUCGAGAAGAAGAGAAAGAAGACAUACAUUGUAGGUUGAUGAAAGCUUAUCCGGAGAUUCCAAACACCUGGUACGCAUUAAUCUUCGUUGGAAUGUUGGCCAUCGCGAUCACUCUUGGAUACAUCACGGAGGCUAAUUUACCAUGGUGGGGAUUACUAAUAGCUGUUGCAUUAGCGGCGAUAAUGGUACUUCCAAUCGGUGUUAUUCAGGCGAUCUCGAAUAACCAAGUCGGAUUAAACGUGGUCACCGAAAUGAUUUGUGGUUAUAUACUGCCGGGUCGCCCAAUUGCCAAUGUCUAUUUUAAGUGUUAUGGUUAUAUGGCAAUGUAUCAAUGUCUUUUGCUUGUAUCGGAUUUGAAGUUAGGCCACUACAUGAAGAUUCCGCCGAGAUGCAUGUUCACGGCGCAACUGUGGGGAACGAUUGUGGGUGGGUUCGUGAAUUUUUGGAUACUCAAGCUAAUUAUUGCGGCAAAAAGACCAUUCCUCGAUGGAACUCUAAACGAUCCAACUGGUCAGGUGGGCGAUCGAUAA